AAGGCCUAAAAAAAUUAAAGAAGACAAGUAUCUGUGGUGUCCGUUAAUCCGUUAUAGCAUCUACCAUCAUCACCUCCAUGUCCUCCUCAAAAACCUUUGCUUCUCUUCAAUGAACUUGAUCUCUCUCUGUGUCUCGACAAACAAGAAUGGCAGACAAUGGUAGACACUUCACUGACAUCUCUCCACUCUACCAAUGUCCCUUCUACUCCCUCCCUCUCCUUUCUCGUCUCUCUCUGCAUCUUCAUCAUCUCUCUCUUUCCGACAAUCUUCCCCUACACAUCGCCAUCUUGUCUCCUUUGGCCCCAAUUACAUAACCCUUUUCAGUACAAACUCCAAACCCAAGGGAAUAUUGAGGGUGAGUAGUUCCACAAAUGAGCCAUUGAAGGUGAUGAUAUCAGGUGCACCGGCAUAUGGCAAAGGCUCUCAGUGUGAACUAAUUUUUGGAUCGGUACACAUCUCAACUGGAGAUCUUCUAAGAGCUGAAGUAUCUGCGGGGACAGAAAUUGGCAAUAAAGCAAAAGAAUUUAUGAAUGCUGCUCGUCUGGUUCCUGAUGAAAUUGUGACAGCUAUGCUGACAUCGCUAUUAUCAUAUGAUGAUGCAAAGGAAACAUGGUGGCUUCAAGAUGGCUAUCCGCAUGGUUCUGCCCAAGCAGAAAGUCUUGAGAAAUUGAAUGUAAAGGCACGUCUCGAAAUAUACAAGAAAAAUGCUGAAUCAAUCUUAUCCACAUACUCAAACAUUAUGGUCAAGAUUGAUGGAAACCACCAAAAAGAAGUAGUCUUCCAAGAAAUAGGUUCUUUUCUGUCUCAAGUGCAGAAAGAUAAAGCAAAAUUGGUCAAACCUGGCAAGUGUUUUCAAGUUCUGAAGUUCUUAUACAAGUUUGCUCAAGGUUUAUAUCUUUGAUAUAUGAUCAAUAUAAUUAUCUUCUUUGCUGGCUGUCCCAAACUACUCUAGAAGUGAAAAUAUUCACAGAAAUUGUUUUGAUCUUUUUGAUGGAUGCUUUGUUUUAUCUUGUGUGAAACGUUAGUGGUUGGAAACAUUAAGAUAGAUUAAUUCUUUUUGCAAUCAAAAAUCUUUUAUUUUAAUUUAUGAA